AUGGAGGUAGUAGAGGUUGAAGGCACUAAAAUAGCCCCCGAAGAAGUUUCCGUUGAAGCAGGGUGGCUUGUCAGCCACUGUAAGCAACGACAGACUACGGAGGCAUCAUCCCAACUCAUACACGGAUCCCUCCGUGCAACAGCAAGCGCACGCACCGAGAGUACCGAGCAGCCCGCACUACGCCGACGCGUACCACGGCAACCACGACUUCCGAAGAAUGAUAUCAAGAUCGUCAUACGCCCAAGAGACGGUUUCAACGUGUCCAAACUAGGAGACGCCCAGAUACGCGACUCAAUACUACAGAUCACGGGCAUUACAACCAAAGAAGCAGAGGACAACAUUUACCGCUCUUGCACGGAUAAUAAUGUCAUUGUAGUUAGCACGCCAAUGAAGUCUAAUGCCGAAAAAUACUGUCGCAUCCGCAGUCUCCCCAUCGGAGCAGUCCGCUACGCUGUCACAGCAUACGUCACACCGCCGGAGGACACAGCCAAAGGAGUCAUACAUAACAUCCCUUCAUAUGACACGGAAGAAGACAUUACCAACAGUCUCAUUUACAAGAAGAACCCUACGAUUCUGCAGGCCCGACGCAUGGGCAAGACCAAUUCAGUGCUCAUCGUAUUCGACGGAAAGCAAGUACCGUACCAUGUCUACUACCGCGGAGCAGAAUACAAAUGCUAUCUACAUAAGAAGCGCAUCGAGGUCUGCGACAUCUGCGGGACCGUCGGCCACAGGGCCGAUGUAUGCCCCACUCCAACCCAGAAGAAAUGCAAGAGCUGUGACACAGUAAAUCCACCGGAUGAUCACCCCUGUCACCCUUGCUGCGCGCUCUGCGGCAAAGACCACCCGACUGGUGAUAAGUCCUGCCAUCGCCGCUUCCAGACACCACACCUCCUACUCCAACGACGAUGGGAACGCCUACGACUGGGACAACAAGGAGCUGACCAGGAGAUGGGGCCAUCGACUUCUGCAAAUGGAGACUCAGCUCUGCCAACACCGAAGUCAACACUACAACCGCAGGCUCCCGAACGCAGCAAUUCACGAGGACGCAGUCGGUCUCGUGGACGCAGCCGCUCCCGAGGUCGCAGUCAGUCACAAGGACGCAGUCACUCUCGGAGCGGACCGGAUUCAACACCGCCGCAGCAGCAAGGAAACACAAGCCUUAAAACGGCCACAGUCAAAGUGCAAGACGCACCCCCCAAGGUAAGCUGGGCCAGCAUUGUCUCCCACACAGGUCACACCACACAACCUAUAGCAACCCCAGUGAACACAGUUAGUGACGCUACCAUGCACAGCUUCAUGCAGGAGCUCCGAUCCUUACGUGCUGAGAUACAAGAACUCAAGACAGAAAACGCUAAUCUCAAAUCCCAACUUGCGGACACACAACCCAAGCAUUUACCAUCAAAUGCAGACAUCCUUCCUCACGCUCCCACAGCACUUCACACGGAUGCGAGCAAUGUUGGUCUGGGUGCCAUACUGGUGUAG